CGAGGCCAUGGGGCCUUGGCUGCUGCGCGCCACGCAGGGCUGCGCCCCGCUGCUGCGCCCCGCCCUCGAGGCGCUGCGCGCCUCCGCGCCCCUGCUCGAGGCCGCGUACGGCGACCUCGUCGCCGCCGGCGCCGUGCAGAGGGGCGCGGCCCUGCCCGAAGACCCGGCCGCCGCGCGGGCCCUCGCGGCGAAGCUGGCCGAGCACAUCGCCGGCGGAGCGCGCCUGCGCGCCAGGGCCCAGCGGGCGAGCCAGCCCAGGGCGGAGGAGGAGGAGGAGGAGGCGGGCCAUGCCAGCGGGUCUGCUGCUGGGGGCGACGCCAGCGCGAGCACGCGGGAGGCAGCGCGCCCGCCGGUCGCGCGGAGCUGGCGAGAGGCGGCGCCGGCGUGGCCCGAGGUCGCGUCGCCGUGGGCGGUCGCGCCGCCUCGCGCGGGCCUGGAGCUGCUGGACCGGCUGCGCUUCCAGAAGACCCGGGGCCUCAUCCGGGUGCGAGGGCUGGCUGCGCAGAUGCAUCGCCUCACCUCUUCUUCCUCCCUGUCGGCCGCGGUGUCCGACGCCGCCGGCCUGUGGCCAGUGGGGCUGGGCCGCCUCGACGGGCGUCUCUCGGUGCACCCCGACGCCUGCCUGCUGACCCACUCGCCGCCCGACGCCCUCCGCGUGCUCGGCCCGCCGGCCGAGCCGCGGCCCCGCGAGGCGGGGCCGCACGGCGCGGCGCAGAGCGGCGCCGCGGAGCCGAGCUCCGCAGCCGAGGCCACGACGGCGCAGGGCCCGACCGAGAGCUCCCCCAUGCCGACGCGGCAUGGCUUCGGGAUCUUCGGCUUCAGGCGGCCGGCGCAGGUCCGCUCCGGCGGCAGAAGGCGCAGCCCCGCGGGCCGCGCCCCGGCGCUGCAGCAGCGCGCGCCCCCGCGCCACACCUCCGAGGACACCAGCGCCUGGGAGGGCGGCGACCCGCUGCGGAACGCCGCCGUGGCGCUGGCGCUGCAGGCCGAGAUCCGGGCGGCCCUCGCGUGCGCCGCCUGCGACGGCCCGCUGCACGCCGCCUGGCGGCGUGCGGGCUCGGAGAGGGAGGCGAGCCAGCUGCUGCGCCUGCGCGUGUGCACCGGCGCCCUGCUGCUCUUCGCCGCCCUGCGCGCCCCGCUGCCCACGUGGGAGGAGCUUGACGCCGGGAACUUCCAGCUGCCCCCCGGCGACGGGCCAGCGGCGCCGCGCAAGGUGCUCCUGCCCGACGGCGUGUGCGCCAGCGGGCUGUUGCCCGUCUUCCACGCCCUGGCCACGCCGUCCGGCGCCGCGGUCGCGCCGGCGGCGAGCAGGACCUUCCACGUCUCCGCGCCGCACGCGAUGCUGGAGGACGGGCAGCUCCGCUCGGUGCUCACCGAGCGCGGCCCCGGCGGAUCUCGAGUGUGGGCCGCGGGGGCGCUGCCUGCGCUGCUCGCCGCAGGGGCGCUGGAGGAGGCGCACCGGCAGAGGCCGGAGUGGAGCACCUCGAAGGGCCUGUGGCAGCCCGACGCCCGCGUCUUCCUGCCCCUCUGCUGCGCCUUCCGCCUCGCGGUGGGGCUGGAGUGCGUCCGCGCCUGGCGCGGCUUCUUCCCCGCCGGUCGGGAGCCCGUCGUGGCAGACCUGCUGCCGUUCCUCGCCGGCGCCCGCACGCAGGUGGCCCAGCUGCCCGUGCAGCUGCGGGACGCGGCGGACGGAGGAAGCCGCGGACUCUACGUGGCGCCCAAGGUGCUGCCCAGCGCGCCCGGCACCCCCGGGUUCGACCCCGAUUUCGACUGCUGGUCGGCCGCCGCUCGAGGCGCGGGCGUGCCCCUGCAGGACUUCGCCGCCUGGGUGGGGCAGCUGCCCGAGCAGUGCCUGGUCUACUCGUCCUGCCGCUCUGGAGCCGGCGACGUCUACCUGCGCCUGCGGGGCGCGGUGGCGGGCUCCGCGCAGGGCCGCUCCUUGCGCGUCGCCGAGGUUGUGGUGGUCUCCUUCGUGGCCAGGGCGGCGCCGCUGUACGGCAGGGACGUCUUCGAGCGCUACAGGGGCGCGGUGGGCCGCCCGGAGUGGUGGGGCGUGGGCCUCGUCUCGCACGUGCUGCUGCCCAAGGCGCUCUCGCGCGCCUUUGCCGACGCCAUGGGCGAGGGCGCCUGCCUGCGCCUGGGCGCCGGUGCGCGCCUCGAGGGCUGCAGCGCCGCGGAGCUCGUCGCCGAGGGCAGCGAGCUCCUCGUCUGCCGGGCGCAGUGCCUCGAGGCCCUCCUCGGGCCGCUGCGCGAGCCGCUGUUCGCGCUGAUGCGGCAGGACGACGAGCAGGGCCGCGUGGCGUCGCCGAAGCAGAGUCCAGGAGGAAGCAAGCCGCCGAACCGUGGCGCCGCGCACCGUCGUGGCGCUGGCAGGGAGCAGGAGAAGGACCCAGGCGGCGAGCCCUGGAGGAGCUGGACUGCGGGCUCUGGAGCGAACGCGGCUGCCGCGCGGCUGGCGCGGCGGCCGGCUGCCCCGCCCGAGUCGCAGGCAAAGGCCUGCCUGGGCCUGCUGAAGGCGCUCCUGGGCAGCGUGCACAUGCAGGUCAUGGAGCUCGUGGCGCACAGGGAGCAGGCGCAGGCCGGCUCGCCGCCGGCGCACGCCGCGACCAUCCACGGUGUGCGCGCGGAGCGGCGCCGCUGCUCCAUGCCCGCGCUGACGGUGCGGCAGCGGCCAGGCUCUGCCGGGCCUCGGGCCGACGUCCCGCGGCCAGGCUCUGCCAGGCCUCAGGCCGACGUCGCGAGCGCGUCGCCGGUGGUGAGCUGGGGGGAGCAGGGCGCGAGCGACCUCCUGGCCGUCGGCAGCGGCAGUUGGCAGUGGCAGGCGGCCGCGGCAGCCGGCCGGAGCAGCCAC